AUGGACUGCCCUCGGGUGGCUAAUUUCAUCUUCGAGCACCUUUUCCUCCCUCCACAACUGCCAGAAAUUGACCACGAAGAGUUGGGCGCCGGCCAAUUGCUGAAGGAAGUUGCUGCUGCCGCCUGUACCUUCUCAAGGAACGUUCGCACCAAAAAGGCAAGAUUUGCCUGGACGCAUCUUGCCCGCUCUAUUGAGCAAUGGAUCCACAUCUACAAUGAAGGAACUCCUUGUUGCUCCACACUCACUCAAUUCCUCGAGCGUAUGCAAACUCACGAUGUCCUCAUGUUUCAUGUUAAAUGUCAGAACGCUACAAUCACAGCCACGCACCGCCGCACCGGAGUAGUCUUCGAAUACUUUGAGGUUUCGGCCACGAACGAUGCUAUUAUGAAGAGCAAGGACUCGUUGAUUCGAAGCUUCCCUUCUAGCGCUGUCUUGUUGCCACGAGACAUCUUUGAAAAUAAAGAUUUUGUGAAAGAGCUUGCUACUGCAAUUCACCAGUUAUCCAUUGAACAGCUCAAAAUGUCAAUGGCGCAAAUUAAAAAGGCAGAAAAUGAGCUUGCCGAGGAGCGGCAAUCACCUUCCCCAAAGUUUGUGGGCGAAUUGCUAUUUGGCGCCUAUUUGCGCAGCUACGGAAAAGCUGGGUUGAGGAAAUCGAUUUCCAAACGCAUCGAUGAUGAUGUACUCUCGAAAGGUACCGGUAUGCCCUGGCGGCGGUCUAGUUUGUGGCUCUCAAUCCGAGUCAGCCUUCAGCUUGCACUUGUCAACUUCGAUUGGGAUGGGAAGGAUAGCCCAUACAACUACAAGAACUUCAUGUUGUUCUUGCUAGCAACUCUCUCCACGGGAAUCAUGUCAACAACCCCUUCGCCCGCCACACUACACAUACUUCGGGUGAAGUUAGCUCGAAGACAUGCCAAACUGGGGGACAAGACCUUGAGCUUUGUUCAGGACCAUGUCCGAAGGACUCUGGCUCGGAUUGAUGCGGCCAUCGCAGUGCUGUGGGACCAAGUUGUUCGGAGAGACAACGUCACCAUUCCGAGUGUCUCGAUGAGCCAAGUCCACGAUCAAUUGGCACUCAGGAAGAGCCGGGAACAUCUUCACAUGAUUUGGGAAAGAUCUCGCAAACAUUUCAAGUACUCAAUCUCACAAGAUAGCCCUCCCGUCUCUACCAGAAUCCCAUUGUCAGCUUCGGUCUUACCUACUCCUGGUAUCUUUUGCAAAGCGGGCGACGUCCUCACGACCCUCUGGGUAUUUGAGCAUUGGGUGGAGAUGAAUCUUGGAGCUUGGCUAAAAGCAAACACUCACUCUUCUUCCGCUUGCUUCCACUUGUACAGCACUAUGGCGGCGUAUUACCGUCUCGCUAUCACCAAAUACUAUAGACACCCAGCAAGAACGUCUUACAUGUGGCUGACAAUCUUCGAGCUUUGGGUUGCAAUGGACAUUGUUACCACAACUCUGCAUUCAUUACUCCUGGAAUAUCCACCCGAAGUACCAACCAAUAUCCUUGAGAGCCUUGUACUUGACAAGAAGGCGGCGCUAGAGCGUCUCGCUCGUGUCGAGCUUCACAUAAGUUUACGCUGUCAGAAGCGAAAUCCUAUGUUUCCUUCCUUAUUUAGUGACCCAUCUCAACAAUGCUUCGCCGUCAACUUCUACGAUCAAUCAGAUCUAAUGAAGAACUUAAGGGAGUCAAUUGAGGACGAUGCUCGACAAGCCAGACUUGACAAACAAGAUGAGUGGUUGAGGAAAAAGAAAGACUUCACGCAGUUGAUGAGAGAUGUCGCUUCCAUGGAAUGCGACGAGUACACCCCCAAUUGGGUUGAUUCGGACGGCGAAUGCUGGACAGGAGAAACUCGACACGAUAAGAAAUGCAGAAGAUGCGAAUUGGAGCAGCAUGCGAAAGCAAUGAGAAUCGAGAAACACGAGUGGCCAUUACCUGAGGAUGAGGUGAUGUGUAAAGCUGUUGUGUUCGAGCUCCAGACACCAGGAACACUCGUCUUUUGGCGAGACGCGACCUGGUUUGUCGUGCACACCUUAGGGAGAAAUGACAAGAUUGGUCAAGAAUGCGAACAAGAUGUCCUGUCGUAUUCGCCGCUGACGAAAUAUGCUCGAAAGAAAUUGCGCCGCAUCACCCUUGGCUCGUCGAUUAAACCGAUGCUCAAAACUCAUUACUUCAAUGGUGGGCUCAACAUCGAUGACAUAUUUCUUCGAAAUGGUAUGGCUCCAAGACUGAAAGAUACUGAGCGAAGAAAGGUAUGGACUGCAGAGCAAAACCCUCGUCUUUCCUUGCGCCAAUACUGCGAUUCCCAGUUGCCAGAAGGCACACCCGAUCACAUGGUUCGGCAAGUGAAUACAACCAGCCACACACACAACUCUGUGCUUGCCAUGCACUCGAAUCUCCCUCCUGAGAUGACUCCACAUCAACAUGUUCUUUUCGGUUCUUUGCGGGCAGGUGAAAAACUCCAAUUCAUCAACAUCUUGGCCAUGGUGAUGUCAUCGGAAGCCGACAUCAAUUCGACAUCAACUGCUAUCCUUGUUUCUCAGGCAGUAUCACAGGUUGGCAAGAGGGAGCCCCCACAUCUAUCUUCUUGUCUGCGUGACAGCCAGCUAGACCUCCUCAACAAGACGUUCUGCGAGUCUCUCAUCUUCGCGAUUGAGGCAAGAUUUUACACUAUUGAAGCCAACUGGAAGGAGACAACUGCCGCUGGUGUUCUUCUCACGAUCUCACUUAAGGUCCUAUCACUUUGUCCUCAUGCUUCUUUACAUCAACGCUAUCUUGGCUUCAUUCGCCGGAUUCGUCAAGCGGCUUUAAAAUGGAUACGCGGGCUGGCAGAGAUACAUGGCAACAAACGAACUACAUCUGCAGAAAAUGGAAAUAUAAACGAGGUCUCUCGCCAGCUUGUGAAUUCUAGUUUACUUGUACGACGUACGUUCGAUCUGGAAGCUGAACAUCAGCAGUCGGAAUUCAGGCACUCUAGCUCGAUCGCGGAUUACGUGGAAGCAUCUCUCUAUCUACACGGCCACAAGGAUCUAGCUUCGUCAGGAGACGGCUCCAAGCGGCAGAACGAGUUGCUGAGUGAUGCUUACUGUGCUAGACAGUGGGAACACCAUCUACUACUCGCUUUACAGGAUGACUGUACUCCCAUCAGUGACGCCAUCAAGAGGUUCUGGCCGUCAGCUUCAUUCACAGAUUCAUGGCAAACUGUCGAUGACAAUGACACUUCGUGGAUCAAAAAUUCCACGAUAAAUAAGAUUGUGCAUUACAAUCUUGUGAGUGGCAGCCUCUUGGUCUCUGGGCGAUCACUUUCCCGGCUUCCACCAAGUUAUACCAACGAUCCGUUAUAUCGAUCCAUCUUUACAGACCUCGACCUUGACAUAUUUGCCUCGGAUGAGGAUGAUAUGGAAUACAUGUCGUGUGUUCGUUUCCAAGGCCAUUAG